AUGUGCAUCACGAACGAGUCAGGGAACACCUCAGAGAUGUACGAGGAGUAUUACUAUGGCUUCUGUGACAACGAAAUCACUUCAGUUUUCCCCAAUGUUUCAAAAGUCCGCCUGGUUUUUUACUACACACUCUUUGGCCUGGGUCUACUGGGAAACUGGACGGUUCUCUGGGUUCUCCUACGAUACUCAAAGCUGAGAACCAUGACAGACGUGUUUCUCUUGAAUUUGGUCAUGUCGGACCUUUUGCUGGCCGUGUCCCUGCCCGUCUGGGCCUACAGCUCUGAGAGCAUUGCAUCAUGCAAACUCAUUACUGGACUCUACCAGUUAGGUUUCUACAGCGGCACCUUGUUUGUGACCUUGAUGAGUAUGGACCGCUACCUCGCCAUCGUCCAUGCUGUGGCAGCCAUGCGGACACGAACACUUCGCUAUGGGAUUAUUGCCAGCGUCACAGUCUGGUUCAUAUCUGUGAUCAUGGCGGCCCCUCAGGUAGUAUUUGCCUCCUUGGUGGAUGAGAUGGAGGACAACUUCACCAUCCAGUGUCAUCCUGUGUACCCAGAGGAGAUGCAACAGUUUUGGAAAAAACGUCGAAACUUCAGCGAGAACACUGUGGGCCUUUUUAUCUGCCUCCCAGUCAUGAUUUUUUGCUACGUGAAGAUACUUAUUGUGCUCUCCCGGUCCAGAAACUCCAAAAAGGGCAAGGCAAUCAAGCUGAUCUUCACUGUGGUGUGUGUGUUUGUGGUAUGCUGGGUCCCCUACAACAUUUUGGUUUUCCUCCAGACUCUGGAGCUGCUUCAGGUACUGAACAGCUGCAACACUUCAAAGGCCAUAAACACAGCCAUGGGCUUUGCUGAGAUUAUUGCUCUGUCCCACUGCUGCAUAAACCCAGUGAUUUACGCUUUUAUCGGGGAGAAGUUCAGGAAAACGGUGGGCUAUGUGCUGAUGAAGCUUUCACCCUGUACCCAUCCCAGCAGAGGUCCGAUCAGUAGCCACACAGAUGACACCUCUAACACAGCUGUGAGAUCAGAUCUGUAA